UGUAUGCCUGCUGCGUGGUAGCUGGGAACGCAUGGCCUCUUGAGACGUUAGGGCAUAUCAGGGAGGGAAACAGCCAGAGAAAAGAUGGGCUCCAACCAAGCUACGCCUAUUUGUCACUUGCACAAAAGCCUGAUGUACGACAUGCCGUUCUUUCUCCUGAAGAUGGUGUCCUAAAAGGAGAGAAAUACUUCCUCUAUAAGCUUGAUGGCGAUUGUAAGCCUUAAGGUAACCAGUUUCCUUUCUUAUCAUAGGCUAAUUACCUGUUAUUAUGCAGUGUACUAUCCUAUCACCGCUAGCUUCGAUCAUUGGAUAUUUCCCAGUAACGAUAUCCUUCCUCCGUGGCAGCACUUAGACAUAGAUACUUCCGUCUCCGAUGGCUAUGUGCUAGAGGGCAUUGAUAGCGAUGCGGCUCUAUAUCGUGAUAGAACCUGUCGAGUAACGGGAUCCCAUUCCGCCUUGAAAUGCGCCCAUAUAAUUCCUGCUGAAGAACAGCUUUGGUUCAAUGCCAACUGCAUGGCUAUACAGCCUGAUAUUUCGGAUAUCGACAGUUUGUCAAAUACGAUAACCCUCCGUAGGGACGUAUACGCGUUGUGGAAGUAGAGACACGAGAUUAUCCUCUUCCCUAAGAGACAUGAGACAGGCGCAUAUAGCUUGGCCACUCUUGCAUUUAAGCAGUCCCCCUUAAAUCACUAUGAGAUACAACACGUAUUCCAUAACCGUCAAACCCAGCGGCUACGAGGUGUUAGUAGAGAGGCUUUGUUUGCCCGUUUCGCUUGGUCUAUCUUUCGUGGCGGUGUUUUCCAGCUUUUUAAUGACGCCAAGGAAGGUCCGUUCAAGAUCAUAGUCAACACGUACGCCCUAACAUCCGCUCCAGCUAAGGUGGUGGAAAUUGCCCAUUCCCGCGAUGUCCGCCGGUUUUCAUCUCAAAUCAAG